CAGUUUUUGAUGGUAUCCUGUACAAACAACAACGUGUCGUGUGACAUGACAUGACACAUGAAAUUUAUUAGUUUAAAAUGAUACAUGUUACUGUACCAAGCUUUCGACAAGUAUCUGAGGAUGAUGAGAAACCGUAUACGAGGGUAUUUUGGAUAGGGAACUGGUCCCUCGAUCACUUCUCACCUUUUUAAGAGUGAAAAAUUUCAAGACGGCCAGCUACGACUCCUUAGAUGAUAUUGACCAAGAGCCAGUAUCAACACAUCAACCGACUAUGGUAUUUGAGACGGACCCAUUUCUAAGGCUAGCCAUGGAUGUCGGUCUCCAUGAUACUGUUGUGGAAGGCGUAAGACAGGGUCUCUAUGAGGACGACUUCAGCCUACCACUUACAUGACAGGCAGACUUGGGAAGCUAGUAGAACCAAUAUAAUAUAUUCAAGAAUCUAAAGCUGCAUGUUUGAUGUCCCAUACUGAUUGGGACUUGUCUGGUUAGGGUGCCUUCCCAUUACCUAGGAAACUCCUAGGGGUAAGGGACAGAUUCAAAAUGCUAUACUGUUAAUGUAGUUAAAAGCACUAUGUAGUUCAAUAUGAAUCUUAUGAUAUUCAUUUUUUGCAAUAUACUCAGCAUUGUACAUACAUGAACUAGUAUUCAAAAAGUAAAGAUGAAUCUUUUACAGAUUUGUUUAUACUGAUAACUGUGGAAAGUGUAUUAGUAAAAUGAAAGGUGAAAAAAAAGAGGAAAAGGUGUGAAUGAUUUUGAUGAUGACAUGGGUCACAAGCAUAUAGUGGUAAUGAGUGCAAUGUAUGCACUGUAUAAAUAUUAUUAUUCUAUUAUAAAUUCAUCAUUUAAAUGUAUUAUUCAGCCAGAACUCCCAUUUUUAUUACUUUAGCAACACUGCUCUUGUAUUGAGCAAGCAACUUUAGGGUACUAUUGAGAAAACUUUAUACAAAUAUUUCUUUUUGAAUGUUAUAUUUAAUUAUAAACAGUACACAUGUAUACAUAUUCUAUUUGUAUGUAAUAAAUAUUCAACAAAACCUA